AUGGCAGAGCGCCUACAUAACAUCCCGCUGUUGUUCUUGGUUCUGGCCGCGGCCGUCUACGGCACAGACCUCCCGCGGCCUCUGUUCAAGUCCCCUCUACGGGCCCAGGACACCGAGCCGGCCCCUGGAGCUGCUGUCCGCCUCCAGGACUCGGAUCCCGGCCUGAAGAGAGUCCUGCAGUUCGCUGAAGAUCGUUACAACCGCGGCUCCAACGCCAUGCAUCUGCGCAGAGUCAGCCGGCUGAUCUCCGCCUCUAAGCAGGUGGUCAAAGGCAUCCGUUACUCCGUCACCGUGGAGCUCAGCAAUACUCAGUGUAAGAAGUCGGCCAUGCUGCGGUCAUGUGACUUCGACCCCGAGCCCCACAGACUCAAGACGGAGGUUUGUCUGUUUGAGGUUUGGGACAUUCCCUGGGAAAGCAGCUCCACUCUCCUCAAACAGAAGUGCGAGCCCAAAGUGGACCCUGAAAUAGAAGAAACCAACAGGAUCCUGGACUCGACCGAACAAGUAGAAGAGGUGGAGUCUAUGAAGCUGCUGGGCCAGUUCAAAGAGUUCAUGGUCAAAUACAACAAAGACUACAGCACACAGGAAGAGGUCGACCGUCGUUUGAAGAUCUUUCACGGAAAUCUAAAAACGGCAGAGAAGCUUCAGUCUCUGGACCAGGGAUCAGCGGAGUACGGAGUGACCAAGUUCAGUGAUCUGACCGUGGAGGAGUUUCGCUCGCUGUACCUGAACCCCAUGCUGAGUCAGUGGACGCAGCACAGACAGAUGAAGAUGGCGCCCCCUGCUGCUCAGCCUGCACCUGACAGCUGGGACUGGAGGGAGCACGGAGCCGUCAGUCCAGUCAAGAACCAGGGCGCGUGUGGUUCUUGUUGGGCGUUUUCUGUCAUCGGCAACAUCGAGGGACAGUGGUUUCUCAAAAACGGGUCCCUGAUCGCUCUCUCUGAACAAGAGCUGGUUGACUGUGAUGGACUGGACAAGGCCUGCAGAGGAGGGCUGCCUUCAAACGCUUAUGAAGCCAUUGAGAAACUGGGCGGUCUUGAGACAGAGAAUGAUUACUCGUACACUGGACACAAGCAGAAGUGCGACUUCACCAGCCUGAAAGUGGCCGCCUACAUCAACAGCUCCGUGGAGAUCGAAAAGGACGAGAAAGAAAUCGCUGCUUAUUUGGCUGAACACGGACCAGUGUCUGUGGCUCUGAAUGCGUUCGCGAUGCAGUUUUAUCGACGAGGCGUGUCGCACCCACUGAAAAUCUUCUGUAACCCCUGGAUGAUCGACCACGCUGUGCUCAUGGUUGGAUAUGGCAACCGUAACAGUGUGCCGUUCUGGGCCAUCAAAAACAGCUGGGGAGAGGAUUAUGGAGAGAAGGGUUACUACUACCUCUACAGAGGAUCCAACGCCUGCGGGAUAAACAAAAUGGCUUCUUCUGCUUCAUUUGUCACUUCCAAAAUUUGGUUUCGACAAGUUGGAGAAAUAGACUUAAACCUAUUGUCAGAUAAUGUCACAGGCUACAAAGCGCAAACAUGUGGUCAAAGAGGUUCUGGGAGACUUCGUAACGCCGACCGAGAAUCAACAAAUUGUAAAGGUCAUUGGAAGUCGAGGCAAUAA